UCAGCGGAUAGGAGUAGUGCGCACGAGACCGAAGGGGAAGUUGGUGCAUCCGCAGAGCGCGAGGAGCAAUUUGGAGACAGUGGCAGGAGCCUGGCACAGCGUCCUGACGCACGCACUAUGGACUACUGCUGAGCUCUGACGGAGGAGCAGUGCGCACACAACAGCAGCUCAGCCCUUCACUCCUUUCCUGUUUUCUGUUUUUUAUGUUUUGGAAUUAACUGUUGUCGCUUUAAAAAAAAAAAAAAAAAAAAAAAAAAAAGUUUUAUAACGACAAGUAAUAUCAGAGUUAAUUGAAGUGAGCAGAGCUGCGUCGAGAAACAAACAAGUGUUUUGGCCAAAAUGAAGUUGCUGCUUUUACCAGUUUUAAUGGCUUUUUUCGCCAUCACUCAAGUUUUUUGCGAGGAAAACAACCCAAGAGAAGAGGCUGACUACUGGACAAGCAGUAAUCAAAUUCAGGAUCCUUGGCUUGCCAACGACCCAUUCAGAGAAAUCCUGCUGAGGAUGACAAGAAAGCCUCGGCCGCAUCAGUUCAUCGGCCUGAUGGGGAAGCGUUCUAUGGCUAAUGCACAGAUCACCCACAAAAGGCAUAAAGUCAACUCUUUUGUCGGGUUAAUGGGGAAACGGAGCCAAGAGGAGCCAGAUUCCUACGAGUGGAGCACAAUACAGACGUAUGACAGGCGCCGCUAAACAGCCAUCUCCUCACCUACCUGCUUCUCAUUUUUGCUAUUCCUCAUCCAUAGGAGGGGUACUCGACCCUGGUUUUGUUUUCUCAAAACUGUGUAUAGCUGUUAGUCAAAUAAAAAAAAUUAUGUUUCCACAUUGUAGUGAUGUAGCAGUGCUGUACCUGUGCCAAUUUCAUUUGUCCAAGCAGAAGGUGGAAAGAGGUGAGACGGUGAAAUGAUGUCAUUAUCAAUGUUUGUGGUUUCUGUGACCAUUUUAGACCAUCUGCCAUGCCACAAAAAUGUUGUUGUGGACCAUCCAAGCAAGGCCAUACCCCUGGGGUAUGCUGAAAAUUGCACUGCCAAAGUCACUGUCUAGUGCCUCAUAACUGUUUAAUUGCAGCUGAUUGUUCUAUAAAUACAACACACGUGAGACAGGUUCUCAUUUUGCUUUUAAGUGACUUUAUUAGAGCUGUUGUGUUUUCCACAUGGACACAUGGUGUGACAUGACAGAAUAUCUGUGUGUUCUAGUGGUUUGACAAAUAUUAAAAUUAUUUUCUUUACUGGUUCAACUUCA